AUGGCCACAACACUCUCAUCAACAUCACUCGCUCUCUAUCAACAAGCUACCAAUUUUGCUGGAUUAGUUGCUCUGAAUAUUGAUUUCAUCAAUGGAAAAAUUGAGACUCCAUAUACCGAUGGCUUACAAAACGAAACAUGUCCAUUGGUUGAGUCUUUGGUAGGAAUCAAUCAAUUGGGAUUAUUAACAACCAACUCUGGAACGGGAAAUAAUGGUCGUGCCUAUUUGAUCGGCCUUGUGGAAGGUGAUCAUAAUGCUGAGAAAUUGGAAGUGUUGUUGAAUCAGACCGAUCUCAUUGCUUUUAAAUUGCCAUGUAAUACGCCCGGCUAUUUGCCAAACUCUGAUGAUGAUGUAAAGAGUGAACAACAAGCCGAUUUUGUUAAAAUCCCAGUUUCUUUCAAAGCCGAUAAUGGAGUUGGAGACACAGUUGUGAACCGUUACGUUACAUGCUUCAAUUGGUUCACAUUGCUUCAACCUUGUAUCAAUCCAACUCUGUAUGAAUCUAUGGCCAAUCAUUGUUAUAAUUUUUACAUUAUUGACCCAGUUUCAAACCGUUCAGCUCUUGCUCAAGAUGGUAUUUUAGGAAAGGUGAGACAAUCUCUUGAGCAAUUAAAGCACAAGUAA